AUGGAACCAACAAAAAGAAAACUUGACUCAGAAACAGUUUAUGAUAUUGAUUUCUCCAGAAAGAUUUAUAGGAAACAAAAGAAAAAAAUACCAAAUUGUGGAUUUGUUUGUUUACUAUCAGAUGAAAAGCUUGACCAAAAAGAAAGUACCGGUACUAUCAUUUCCCCCAUUAAGGAGCAUCCAGUGUCUUUGACUGAAAUCUUUAAUAGAGCAGAAAGAGUCAAGCAGAAUCUUAUUGUUGAUGAGCAAGAGAGAACGAAUAUUACAAAUGCAAUGAAAAAGCAAAGUAAAUCUAAAGAAUGGUACUUACAUAGACAUGUUCGCAUUACUGCUUCUAAAUGUAAACAGGCCCUACUUGGAAUUCAAGAUGGCCACUAUAUAUUUGCAUGUUUUCUGAAACAAGUGAGUAAACAAGUAGAACGAUCAUCGAUGUUAACAGAGUAUGGAAAAUUCCCAUCAAUCUUAUUGUUUAUGACAUUAAUUUUCUGUCAUCUGCUACUAUCGAUGACAAAACAAAGCGAGAAAAUAAUCGAUGAAGUGAUCAAACUGGUCAGUGGUUAA